AUGGGUCAGUUCUCCGAUUGUCGUUACCCGGGAAUCAAUGUGCUAACUGAGACCAGGAUCUAUUGCCAUCUUUGUGGUGUCAGUUUCAACAUUGCGCGCAGUCGCAUUCCGGGAGAGCCCCAGCUGGCCAAAUGGGAUUAUACUGGAUCCCAGCCCGAUCUCGGCGUCGACGAGGUGGACUUGGAAGAAUGUGCUCGCAAUGGCUGUCAGGUCGUCGUUUUUCGUCCAAAGGAAGAGGACAGUACCAUCGAUGACCCGGAUUAUAUCCCACCAGAAAACGAAGCUGCGAGCGCUGAUGAGUAUGAAUCAGACCCCGGAUCUGUCGUCAGCCCCGAUGAAGCGGGCCUUGACGAAUGGGACGAGGACGUCGAAAGUCGGUGUUAUCAGGAUUGGCUCUUCACAGGAGUGAUUCCUCAGGACAGUGUGCCCGGAGAGCCGACUUGGCUUCCGUUGGAUCGUCGUGACGAAGUUGUCUUCCCAAUUGCCUCGGAGCACUGGCAAGCACACUACGAACCCGAAGAUCUGGAGCACAUAGCCGGCCCGAACUGCCUCGAGGCGAAUGCCUACUCCGGCCAUGCUAUAUCCCUGGAGGAGAUGCAAGGGUGUCGAACCGCCCAGUUUCUGAUCCACAAGAUUUCCUCGGGCGCACACUGGCAACCCGGUCGACUGGACGAGGACUGGGAGCUCCCGGAGGAUUGGUUUCUUUCGGGUCUAUGUGACGGAAUGGCAUCACGAGAUGAUGGCUAUAACGAAGUGCAUCCUGUUCGAGGGGGCAUUGGCAGCCCGCGAUGCGAGAAUGUGAAUUUUGAUCCAGAGUACACCGAGGCAAAUGAGUACGCAAUGCCGUUUCACCCAUGGUGCUUCGAUAUCUUCUGCCGUCAAUCCAAAAUCCACUUCGGCCGCGUCAACAUUUCCGGCCUCAUGGAGUGGCGAAAUGCAGAAUUUUCGUGGGAUGACUUCUACGCAUUCCCCCGGACGGGUGACGCUGCCAGCGCCCAAGAACAGUUCUGGCGUCAUGAUCCUGGAAAUGAAUAUUUGGCUGCCAACCCACUCUUCGUCCCCCGUUUAUCCCCCCUUCUUGACGCCGCGGUCGCCCUCGAAGGGAAUCUUAGUCCACAGCAGGGAGCCUUUGACCUCUCCUGCCGCCCCGGCUACCCCCGAGACACUCCGGUUGACCCUCUAACAACCUUGCCGAUGGACAUUCGUCUUCUCAUCCUGGAAUAUAUCACAUCUCGUGAUAUUGCAAAUCUACGGCUUGCCUCCCGAGCCUACGAACAACUGCCCAUAAGUCUAUGGUACCAUCUUAUCCGAGACGAAAUGCCUUGGCUCUGGGAGGCCUGGGAUGGGAAGGAAUGCGUGCACCGUCCAUCAAUAUGGACAUCCGUGACGGCAAACGGGGCGCGACUCCUUUUCCAGCGAAGAGAGCAUUAUGAUAGCGUCCUGAAGGAAGAAUAUCGGGAUGGAAACCCUCACGAGGCCAUGGACUAUCUGUUGCCUUUGCCAGCAAGCGUGAUACAGCAAAAUAUACUGCCGAGGGACAGAACGAACUGGUACCAGUUGUAUACGGAGAUCAAGCGGAACUGGUCGCAGCUCAAAGGUCUACAGAAUCGACAGCGGAUAUGGGAGGACGUGGAAGAAAUAGUAAAGAGAAUAAAGCGACAGUCCGGAAAGAUUAACCCCAUGGAAAGGAAUGCUUGAUCCUUGGCUGCUUGUUGAAUAUAGUCUUUAAGCCCAUUUGUGCAUGUUUUCAUGGAUUUCCCCUUCACUUUGUCAUUUGCACCCUGUGUCACAGUCAUGGGACCCUGCAUUUUGGAUGCCAGUGAUUGUCUCAUUGCUAACACAUUCCUAACUGCUUCAAUUAAUUGGUUGAAAGUGUGACUUCAAAACCGCUUUGGAGAGACUGGGCGUUAAGCUUGAACCGUUUGGAUCGAAGGCUGCACCUCAAAU